AUGUUUCUAGGCGAAUCCCACCUUGUAUGGAUUCACAAAAUUAUUGUUGAGUUCCUUACAAGUUUGUAAAUAGCUCUAUUCCAUGAAUUUUUCCAAAUGACUUUGUACCAUCUUAAGUCUCAUGUCGUCAAUUUGGGCUAUUUACGAUGCAACUUUAUCCAAGGGCAUCAAUCUUUAUGCUAGGCAAUAUCCAUUUUGCUUCCAUUUGUCAAUACUAAAUAGAGUGAUGGUCCCCAAGCAUGUUGCGGAGCAGAAUAUAUUUCAAACCGUGCAGUCUCACAGGUCCAUAGAAUAAUGAUACUUGCCUAGCUUGUGAUCCUUCAUAUACACUCAAAGAUAUGACA